AAUAUAAUUCACAAUCAGGCAUUCGUGAAUCGUGUCCAAAAGUUAAAUAAAUAAUUGACUUAAAUAAAUUAUAAUAUUAUUGUUACCAGUUAAUAAAAAUUAAAAUUAAAAAUAUUCCAACACUAAAUUCAUAAGUUAACCAUAGAUAAAAGAACUUCAUAGUAUUACUACCACAAGUAAACUCUUUCCUGUUUAGUGUCAAUGUUUUUUUUUAUGUUGAUAUUUACGAAUUCACGGUUUUGCUGUUAAAUAUUAACUACCUAUCAUUAUUAAGACCAGUUCGCAGUUAAAAUAAAUGAAAAUGAGUGCAUCCAGAUUAGAAAUAGAUAUCAGAAGACUCUUGUCAGUUUGUGAAGAAAUGGCUCAAAAUAAUUCAUCUGAUGAUUGGCGGCUAAGCAAAUUUAUAGAAGCUGUCAGUGAAAUGAUUGCAGAAUUAAUUAAAAAAAGUGAUCCAGACAAAGAUACAAUUAACCAGUACACAAAACGAAUGGAAUUCCUUAAAGGAUUUCUGAAUACCAAAGAAAUUGAAAAUCCAGAAAAGAAAUUAGUUGCCUUGGAAAUGUUAGAACCUGUACAGGUGACUGAAAGCCGUUCAAAAGAUAUUAAGCAAAAGUAUAAAGUUACAUAUAUAAAGCAACUAAGAGAUGAACUACUUGGAAAUGACACAAAUGAAUUCAGAUCAUCUAGGCAACCAGACGUAGAGAGUAGUGAUAAUUUGGAUGAAUUAUUGAGACAUCAUCAAAAUAAACAGGAAUCUAUUGCUGAAGAACUUAUGGCGAUUACUCGAGGUUUAAGAGAACAUUCCGAACUUGCUGGAAAAAUAAUUAAAAAAGAUAUUGAAAUUUUAGAAAAAUCAUCAAAAGGUAUGGAUACUAAUUUUGAAAAUUUAAAAAGAGAAGAACAAAGAUUAACAGAGUUUGUAAGAAAAAGCACUUGGAGGUGUUGGAUAUGGGUUUUAGCUGUUGCUAUGGUUGCAAUUUUCAUAAAAAUGAUUUUAUUCAUCAAAGUGACAAAGAAAAGUUAAUGAAUUUGAAUUUACUUUGCAUCUUUAAAUUAUGUAAUUUACAUUAUGUUUUUAUUGGGUGUAUUCCCACGUUAUUUAUUGUUAAAAAG